UGUUCACUGAAUCUCUCCAGCAUCAACUGCUUUCUUCCUGAUAGUUCUUUCAAUCUCAUCCAAAGGGACCAAGAGAACUCAUUUAAAAUGGAGUCCCCCCAUGGCUUCCGUGGCGAUGAGGGGUAUCCAGAUAAAACGCUAGACUAUAUGGUCCUUGCUCAACAGAAUCACGAACUCAUCUAAACCACUACCGAGAGUCACUAUGAGUUCUUUUCCAGUACAGAGAUGGGGCUAUGAUUUUCGACACCUUAUUGACCUGAUCACCCGUGACAGAAAGCACGAUCCUAAGUACUUCCACAGUUACCGGCACAUUCGAAAAUAUGAUUCAGAACUCGCUGCAGUCAUCCGUGAGCUCCUAGAGCCGGGCACUAACCUUGCGAGUAAUUUCCCAAGCCUUCAUCAAGUUCUCUCCCAUCGCUAUAAUGCAGCCUUGGCUGGCCGGGAAACAGAAGUAUCCCGAUGCCGGCACGUCGAGAAGGAUAGCGGCGAGAGAUACGAUAGCCACCAGUACCAGACUCAGCUUCUACGGCACCCGGAACUCUAUGUAGGCAGGGGUGAGGAGGCUAGGAAGAUAGGUCUCAGAUGGAAGUCUCUAUGCAAAAUACUGAAGAAACAACACUUCGUUAUCCGGGGCAUCCUCGGCAGUGGAAGUUACGGUAUUGUCCUCCUUGCCCAUAAAAGAGACGAUGAAGGUCGCUUGUACGCUAUCAAGAUGGAGAACCUGGUUACAAUCGCCACAACGGUGAAUUAUCACGAGGAAUACAGGGUUGUCGGCGCGAUUGGACCCUCACCGGUAAUGGCGCCCUUGUUCUUACAAGACGAUGAACACCACUACAUCCCAGUUGAGGCGUACAUUCUGCUUCUUGCCAACGAGUGUGGCCGGUUCCCGACCCUUGACUCGGUCUACUCCCACAAGUUAUACCAGGCCAUCGUGAUGUCCGCCCACCUCGAUGAGGCCGUUGCCCAAGCUUCUUAUACCCCCAAAAACCCUGAUUAUGACGAAUUGCUCGCGCGGAAAUUCGGGGCUUGCACCGCCAGUCAACUCAUAAGAUACAAGAAAUCGUCGCUGGAGGAGCACAUGGUCUGCAAGGUUGCAUCUCAACUCCUGGAAGGCGUCGCCUAUUUGCGCGACAUGCAUAUCUGCCACGACGAUCUCAAGAACGAUAAUUUCAUCGUAGAAGAAGACUUGAACACCAUCAUCAUAGACAUCGGACUCUACACAUUCGCCCUCACCGAUAACGACUAUCUCAAGGGAGAAUUCACCUACGUACCCGCGUACGAAGGCGGCCUCACGCCGGAAUUGACCCUCGAGCUCUUUAGGGCCCGCUAUAUAGAUGAAGCGCAGAAGGAUUCGCAGUUCCAGAUUAAGCUCCCCCACGACCAGCGGAUGACCGGCCUGUGGGUGCUGGCCUCGAACAUCUACGAGCUGCUGCACGGAAUCGCACCCUGGGAGGACCCCAAGUGGGACCGGCACAUCGGCUAUGUGCAGGAUUGGCGGCAACCCGGGGUUGACCAGACAAUCUACGCCGAUCGAAAGCAAGCGCUCAACGCACGGCGAAAAAGGGUCAUCAACAAGGAAUUGCCGCUCUCGGAGAUGCUCUCGCAGGACUGCGCCGAUGCCAUGCUGAUGAUGUUCGCCAAGGACCCUGGGGACCGACCCACGCUGCCGGAGGUGGAGUCCUGUGUGUGGUUUGGGCAGUGGAAAUACGAGUCUGACGAUCGCGACAGGUUCAGGCGGCCGGGCAACAGUCUGGAACGCAGGCAGCAGGAUCAGCAGCAGGUUCAGCAGCAGGCGCAGCAGCAGGCUCAGCAGCAGGCGCAGCAGCAGGCACAGCAGCAGGUGCAACAGCAAGCGCAACAGCAGGCGCAGCAGCAGGCGCAGCAGCAGGCGCAACAGCAGGCGCAACAGCAGGCGCAACAGCAGGCGCAACAGCAGGCGCAACAGCAGGCGCAACAGCAGGCGCAACAGCAGGCGCAACAGCAGGCGCAACAGCAGGCGCAACAGCAGGCGCAACAGCAGGCGCAACAGCAGACUCAGCUCCAGGCUCAGCUCCAGGAACAGCACCAGGCUCAGCUCCAGGCAGCACAGCAGCAGGCACAACUCCAGGUACAGCAGCAAGCACAACUCCAGGCGCAGCAGCAAGCACAAAACCUGAUACAGAUAGCGGCAGCAGUCAACCAGCUUAUCGCAGACAACGACGGGGACCAAAUGCAAGAAUAGGCGUGGAUCGCUUUCCUGUGGUUGUUUAUUCUUUCCGCAUUGUUUGGUGCUAUGUGGAAAAGGAUAGAUUUAUAGACGUACAAGGCUAAGCCUUGGAAGAAUGAUAGAUGGAUGCAUUAUGCCCGAUCCCGAAAACCCCUAGCCACGAAUGUGAUAACAGUGCAAGAAACAAGGCAGAAAACAA